GCACCAGCAAGACUUUUAUUGAUCUGGAGCAAUGGACACAGAAGAGGAAGCACGAGAAGCAGCAAAUGGGAAGGAAGUUCAAGUGGAAGCUGUGGAUCUAGCAACAGCCCAUUUGCCGCACCUAGACAGCAAGCUUUCAUCUCAUAAGGUGGAGAUCAAGGACGAGGCAAAACUAAUGGAUUCAACUGAAGGAAUAUUGACGGUUUCAGAGGAUCAAGUUUUAGAGAAAGCACCCUCUGUAGUUGAAAUUCCUCCAGAACAUACUCCAAAUGGUACGCCAUCGUCUCUGAAUGGCCAUAUGGACGAAGAGAAGAUUUCAGAUGAAAAGCUGCAAGCAAAUGAACAGAAAGAAGAGCGAGUAGAAGCUUCACCAGACAGAAUAAGCACCGACCAGAGCAACAAUAGUAAUGGCGGAGAGGAAGAUGAUUCUUUAGGCCAUGGUGAGAGCACUACAGAAGAUACUAACCUUCUGAAACAUGAGAAUGAAGAGCACCAGGAACAUGAUCAACAAGAUUUAGAAGGUGAUGUAACGGAUGAAAAGAUGGGGCACAAAGACACACUGAAAACUGACAAUGAUGUUGAGGCAACAAUUGAUGCUCCACAAGGCCAGAAUCUGGAAUCAGCAAGAGCAACCGAGGACAGACAACCUGCAAACAUGCCAUGUAUUCCUGGUGACGAGGUUGUACCUGAAGCACCUGUUGGAGUCCAAACUUCUGUGGACCCUAAUGUUGAAGAUUCUGAUGCCCUUCCAGAUACUAGUGAUGGAAACAUGGAAACAGUUGAACUGGCCAAAGUGGACAAAGAGAGCUGCCCAGAAGAUGAAGAUAUUGCAGAACAUACAAAUGAGAGUGUCAAACUAGAAGAUCAACCGAGUAAGCAAACUGAUGAUGUGGAUGCAGACGUUGUACAGGAAGACAUACAUGCAAGCAAAAACAUUGAUGUGCCAGAAGAUAUGUCUAAAACUGAGCAAGCUGAUGAGUUGAUGAAUGGUGAUCAAGAAGUGCUGAAUCAAGAAUCGUCUGAAGAAACCAGUGACCCUGUGUGUGAAAAAACUGAAGAAAAUUCCUGUGAGGGCAAUAUGGCCACUUCUGAGGAGACAACUCCAGAACAUGAUGCGACGACAAGGGAGCCAGCUCUCGAUAUUCAAGAAAUGCAGAACCAAGAAUCAGUGGAAGAAAUGCCAGAUGCCAAAGAAGUUGAUACUGAGAAAACAAUGCAACAAAGUAGUGUUGCUUUUGAGGAGGCAGUUCCAAAAGAUGAUGUGGCAACCACCAAACCAAGUUCUGACACUCAACAUGUAAAUGUGGAAUCAGAAGAAAUCAAGGGUCUUGAAGAUGCCAAAGAUGAGCAAACCUCUGAUCAAAGCAAUGUGCCUUUUGCUGAAGAUGCAGUUCAAGACAAGGAAGUAUCACCAACUGUGCCAACAGAAGAUACACAAGAAGUGCAAGGGUUGGAAGACGAAGAAACUAAGUGCCCUGGAACUGUUGAAAUUGAAGCUUCAAAUCAAACGCAUGCUGAAGAAGACGGUAUAGCAGCAAGUGAACCCCAUGUGACAGAAUUAAAAGAAGAGGUGAAGGACACUGAAGCCACCGAAACUCAAGAAAUCCCUCACCUAAGUCAUGCUGCUCCUUCAGAGGAACUAGUAACACAAGAUAAUUCUGCGGCAAUUGAGCCACAUAAUGAUGAUAUCCAGCAAAACCUGGAGCAAGGUUUAGUUGAAGUCAAGGACACGGGGGCUCCUGAGACUCAAGGAAUCUGCCAAGAAAGAACUAUUUCUGCUUCCGAGGAGGACACGGUAGAAGAUGAUGUAACAGCAGAAGGACCAACCUGUGAUGCUCGGGAGGUAAAGAAUGUAGAAUCAGCAGAAGAAAUAAAGGACAACACAGCUGAGAAUAUCGUAGAAGCCUCUAAUGUGCCAACUGUUGAAGAGGCAGAUCAAGAAAUCAAUGAGCUAAGAAGAGAGGAUAUUUCUGAACAGAAAAUGCAGGGCCUUGAGCCAGAAGAAAUCAAGAACACUGGACUUGUUGAAACUGAAGAAGCUUCUGAUCAAGGGCAUGCUGCUCUCUUCAGUGAUCCAGCUCAAGAAGAUGUUGUACCAAGAGAGCUGCUGAAGACUGAGUCAACAGUAGAAGUAAAGGAAGCUGAAGCCAGUAAAACCAAAGCAAUCCCCCAGGAAAGCCAUGUUUCUGUUUCCGAGGAGCCUGCUUCAGAAGAAAAUAUAAAAGCAAGUGAUUCAACUUGUGAUACUCAACACGUAAACAUUGUACAACUAGCAGAACAUACUGAGGGCAACAAAGAUACCAGAACUGAAGAAGUCUGUGACCAAACAAAUGUAGUUUUUGUCGGGGAGGCAGCUCAAGGGACCAAUGACCUUCCAAGUGAGCCAAUUGCUGAUAUGCAAUUGGUCCAAGGGGUAGAAUCAGAAGAAGAGAAGAAUGCUGAACUUACUGAUAACAAAGAAGUGCAUAAUGAAGAGCCAACUCAAGAAGAUAACCUAACCACGAGUGAGUUGCUUGUGAUGGAACCGGCAGAAGCAAGCAGUAAUGAGGCCACCGAAGGUCAAUUAGUGCCUCAAAGUAAUGUUACUCAGUUGGAGGACCAAGAAACAGAAGAAAAUCGGAUAGUGGGUGAAACACUCCAGGAACCAGAACCUGAUGAAGAACUGAAGGAAACUGAGGCCACUGAACCUACUUCAGAAGAGUCUGUUCCAGAAGGUGUAACAGCAAAAGAACCAGCUUCUGAUAACAAGGAAGUACAUAAUGAAGAGCCAGAACUAAUAAAGGAACAUGAUGAUGAGAAAACUGAAGAAAUUUCCAACCAAAACAAUGGAACUAUUGUUGGCGAGACAGCUCAAGAAAACAAGUUACUAGCAAGUGACUCAAACAAUGAUGUACAAGCAAGGGAGCUCAAAGAAAUCGGGGACACUGAAGACGUUGGAUCUGAAGAGGCUUGCCAUCAAACGCAUGCUGAAGAAAGAUUGGCAUCAAAUGAGCCAGAGAUAACAGAACCAUCAGCACAGAUGACUGGCGUUGAAGCCACCAGACCUGAACCAAUACUCCAUGAAAGUAACGUUGUUAGUCAAGAGGAAAUAAUUCAACAACGUCAGGAGCAAGAAUCAGUUGAAUUUAGAAACAUUGAAGAUACUGAACCUCAAGGACUCUCCACAUCUGUUGGCUCUACUUCUGAUCAGUCCACACCAGAAGAUAACUUGGCAACAGAACCAAAUCCUGAUACUCAAGCAGAGAAUUUAGAACCAGCAACAGUAACCGAGGAUACUGAAGAUGUGAAAAGCAAUGUUGGUGUUGAUGAAGAGAAAACUCCAGAAGAACACGUACAGGCAUUUGAGGCAACUGUUGAUAUGGUAGCAGUGGAGGAGCCAAAACUAGAAGACACCAAGAAUACUGAGCCUGUUAUGAAGUAUGACAAUAUAACAGCAAAUGACCUGCCAGCAGAAGAGGUUAAGGACACUGAAGCCAUGGAGAUUCGAGAAAUUCAUAAGGAGGACAGUGGUGCAAAUAUUGGUGAUCUUCUUGAAGAUGCAAAAAGUAAUGUUGGUCUAGCAGAAGAGGCAACUUCUGAUGAAAAUGUACCAGCAACUGAGGCAACUUCUGAUGAACAUGUACCAGCAACUGAGGCAACUGUUGAUAUACCACCGGCGCAGAAGCCAGAAGAGAUCAAGAAUAUUGAACCUGUUGAAGUAGAAGACAAUAUUACAGCCACUGACCAGCCAGCAGAAGAGGUGAAUGAGAAUGAAGCCAUGGAAACUGAAGCAAUCCCUCAUGAGAUCAUUGAUGCAAACAUCAGUGAGCUCACCGAAGAUGUGAACCACAAUGUUGCUCUUGCAGACGAGACAGCUCCUGAAGAUAGUGUACUUGCAACUGACGGGAAUAUUGAUAUACCAGAGGAGCAAGAACCAAAACUAGAAGAGAUCAAGAAUACUGAACCUGCUGAAGUGGAAAGUAAUAUAAUAGCAACUGACCUCCCAGCAGAAGAAGUGACAGACACUGAAGCCAUGAAAACUGAAGCAACCCCUCAUGAGAGCACUGAUGCAAACAGCAGAGAGCUCACCGAAGAUGUGAAAAGCAAUGCUGCUCUUGCAGACGAAGCAGCUCCUGAAGAACAUGCACAAGCAACAGAGGCAACUGCUUAUAUACCACAAGCACAAGAGCCACAACUGGAAGAGAUGAAGAAUACUGAACCUGUUGAAAUGGAGAAUAAUAUAGCAGCAAGUGACCUGCCAGCAGAAGAGAUGAAGGACACUGAAGCCAUGGAAAUUGAAGCAAUCCCUCAUGAGGGCACUGACGAAGACAUCAACGAGCUCACCAAAAAUGUGAAAAGCAAUGUUGCUCUUCCAGACGAGGCAGCUUCUGAUGAACAUGUACUGGCAACAGAGGCAACAGUUGAUAUACCAACAGUGCAGAAGCCAGAAGAGAUCAAGAAUGUUGAAGUGGAAGAUAAUAUAACAGCAAGUGACCAGCCAGCAGAAGAGGUGAAGGACACUGAUGCCAAGGAAACUGAAGCAAUCCCUCAUGAGAUCACUGAUGCAAAGAUCACCGAAGAUGUGAAAAGCAAUGAUGGUCUUGCAGACGAGACAGCUCCUGAAGAGUCUGUACUUGCAUCUGAGGGAAAUAUUGAUACACCACGAGUGCAAGAACCAGAACCAGAAGAGAUCAAGAAUACUGAACCUGUUGAAGUGAAAGGUAAUAUAACAGCAAGUGACAUGCCAGAGGAAGAAGUCACAGACACUGAAGCCAUGGAAACCAAAACAACUCCUCAUGAGAGCAUUGAUGCAAACAUCAGCGAGCACACCGAAGAUGUUAAAGGCAAUGCUGCUCUUGCAGACGAGGCAGCUCCUGAAGAACAAACUGAGGCAACUGCAGAUAUACUACGCGCACAGGAGCCAGAACUAGAAGAGAUCAAGAAUACUGAACCUGUUGAAAUGGAGGAUAAUAUAACAGCAAGUGACCUGCCAGUGGAAGAGAUGAAGGACACUGAAGCCAUGGAAACUGAAGCAAUCCCUCGUGAGAGCACUGAUGAAAACAUCAACGAGCUCAUUGAAGAUGUGAAAAGCAAUGCUGUUCUUGCAGACGAGUCAACUGUUGAUAUACCACCAGCACAGGAGCCAGAACUAGAAGAGAUCAAGAAUACUGAACCUGUUAAGGCAGAAGAUAAUAUAACAGCAAAUGACCUUCCAGCAGAAGAGAUACAAGACACGGAAGCCGUGGGGGCUGAAAAAAUCCCUCAGGAGAGCGCUGCUGCAAGCAUUCAGGAACACAACGAAAAUACUAUUUUGACAGCAAAUGCACCACUUGCUGAUAUUCAAACUAAUAAUACCACUACAGAGACAAAUUUGGAAGCACAGGAGGACGAAUCAGCAGAAGAAGUAGAAGACAUUAAAGUUAUGGAAACUGAACAGAUAUCUUUACAAGAUAAUAUCACCACUACUAAGAAUGCAGCUCAAGAAAGCAGUGAACUUGUAAAGAAUGGUGCCACCCUCGAAGAACCAACUGCAGAAGACAAUGCUGCAAAUGAAAUUGACGCAUCUGCUGAUGCUAAACAAGAGUAUGGAGAAGAAUUAUCGGAAGGAAACAAAGAUAUGGAUGACAAUGAAGCUGGAGAGGCCUCCCGUCAAAGCCAAGAUGCUGGUUUAGAGCCAGGUUCAGAAAGUAAUAUAGCAACAAUUCAGCCAACAUCUGACAUUCAGCCAGCAAGUGAAGCAGAAGAAAUAAUGAGCACCGAAGCCAUCAAUAAUGAAGAAAUUUCCUGUCAAGAAACAGAACUUGCUAUUUUGGAGGAUCCAUCUCCCAUAGAUAAAGGAACAGCAGCAAAAGAACAGCCUGUGGAGUCAAACGAAGAAAAGGGCCAAUCAUCUGACUUGGAUGAAAAAACUGCCUUUACAACUCAGAAAGGUGAGAGCGCUACUGAGGAAGAUGAUACCCAAAUUUCUGCUGAAGAUACAAGACAAGUCACUGCAGAAGCAUCCCAAGAUUCAGUUGAAAAUGAUGCACCAGAUGUUGCAGAGAAGGAUGAUGCAAUGAAAAGUGGUGAUCAUACUGAUGAUCAAGAUAACAAGCAGCAUCACGAUGUAGUACUUCAAAUGCAAGUUUGCGAGCGAGCGAUGGAUGCUUUAGCCACUGAGCAGCAAGAUGAGGCAAUACAAAAUGUUAAUUUGGAUCAGCAUCAGAAGGAAGAUGAGGAGAUUGAAAAGCAAACGGAAGAAAUUCAGACAGUCGAACAGAAAGACAAUAUGGCUGAUUUCACAACAGAGCCACUACUGGAGCCACAGAGUACUGAAAUUAGCACCACAGAUAGGAAAGAGGACACUGAUGUGUUUCAGGCUGAACAAAUAGAGACAGUGGCAACUGAAAUGCUCGAGAAUAAGCAAACCCUACAUAUACCCAAGGACUAUAUCCCAAGUAUUACAGGUGCAAAGGUUGAAAACUCCAAAGAAAUAAAAGGUACUGAAGAAGAAGAUGCGGCCAACAACGCUGGUUCCUUAUAUGCUGAUGCUGAAAACUAUAAUGAAGAUGAGCAGGAAAAUACAGAAAAAGAUGCACAAGUACAACAAACUUGUACUGAUGAACAGGAUGAAACAUCUGAUGAAACUAUAAAUGAGGAGAAUCAUGCAGUGAUUCCUAAGAAUGUUGAAUCCGGAGUGCACAGAGAGGAGAAAGAAUGCAAAAACAUGGUCAAUGAUGAUGAGCAGGCCAUUCAACCAUCAGAGAAAGAGGUCACUGAUGAAGUGGAAGAAAAGCAAGAAAUGCAAAAUGAAGACGUCAAUGUUCAUCAUGACGAAUUUCAGACCAAACCUGAAGAUGAAGAAGCACCUGAAAUGCAUCCCAAUAAAUCACCAUACAGUGCAGAUAUCAAAAUGCAUGAUAUCAUGAGUCCCUAUGCAGAAACGGUACAUGGAAGGACAGAUGCAGAGCCCACAGAAAUUGAAGAGAAGGAAGAAAACAAGGGAUUCAAUUCCAUUUCAGAAUAUUCUGUAGAAACAUCUAAACAGAAUGAUGUUGAACAGGACUUAAGCAUUCAUCAAAAGGUUGCAGAGGAAAAGUUGGCAGCAGAGCACAAUGGAGCAGAAGCUGAAAAUGACUCAAAGGAGGAAAUGAAGACUGGCUAUGCAGCACUCACUGAAGUGGUAAAAUUCAAUGAAGCUAUAUACGAUGAGGCUAGCGGAGCUGAUGAGCCACCAUCUGAUGAAAAUCUCGAGACCUUUGAGGACAACAGAAGGAGUCUUGAGGCUUCAUCUGUAGUUGCAGCAUCCGGAGAAACUGCGAGUGAAGAAGAGGAACAUCAUAAGCUUGCUCUUCCUGCACACACUACACUGGAUGGAAACACAACUGAACAGGCAUCUGGCUUAGAGGAGACAGAAAGAGGGAUGUUGUCUCCAGAGAAGCCAUUCCCCACUGAAAAACCAGAAGAGCUUGAAGAGACUCAAAUGGCCAAAGAACAAGAUGAAGAGGACAUACAUGAGCAAGAAAUUGGUGGUACAGAGAAAGAAGAAAAGGAAAGUGAUUUGCCUGUCUCACAUUUUCUGAUGAACCUGAUAAUGGGAAAAGAGAACAAUGAUCCAGAUGGAAAUACAUUUGAGGCUGAAAAGAAGCAAGAAGAAACCACAAAAGAUGACAGUGGUUUGAUCACCUCUCAACAGGAAGAAAGCUUGGUACCAAUUCCUACAGAAAAUAAGGUAGAUGAAAAAUCCAUCGGUGAACAAGAAAAACAGAAUCUAGAAAUAGUCUCUGAAGAAACACAUGAUGUCAAGCUGGAAACUGGUGAAGAGCUCAGCAGGAACACUCAUGAUUUGGAAUCACCGGUAUGCCAAAAUAAUCCCCAUGAUGAAUCUAUUGAACUGGUACCUGGUGAGGCAGCUGGCCUGGUUACAGAGAUCAAAAGUAGGGACCUCAAGCUGGGUGAAAAGGCAACUGAUUCUGUUUGUCAGGAACACGUGGAAGCCACAGCAGAUAUUGAAGAAGGAAGCUUGAAGAGCACACUUGAUGAUUCAACAAGUCCAAAGACUUCUCAAGAGCAUACAUUAGAGGAAGGAAGAACAGACCUCCAGCAUGAGUCUUUGCCUGAAAAUAGAAGUUCUGAAGUGGCUGACCAAACACUAUUGUCAACAGAACUAGAUAUGGGUGAUGAAAAGAAAUUUUCUAAUGACACUGACGAUCUUGAAAGUCCUCUCAGCACAAGAAGAGAAGGGUCCGCUGUCAUUGGGGAAAAACUGGAGAAUGAAGUAGACAAGGAAGAAGAGAAUCAGCAUACAACCACAGGUGGAGCUACUGAAGAACAGAUAGAAAUUUUGCACGACAAUUCACAGAAAGGCACAGGUUCUGAAGAAACAUCUGAUAAGCAGACGCCCAAAAUAACUGAACCAGCUAGUGGCACUGAGAUAAGUUUGGUUCAUGAAAAGAAGAUUUCUGCAGGCUCAGAAUGCAUGGAUGAAAAGCAAAACCAUAAGUUCUCAAACAAUGUAAUAGACAACUCUGAGAAAGCUUUGGAAAUUCAGUCAGAUAGUCCAAGCAUGCACAUGAACCAAGACAAGAAAGAUGAAUCUGCUGACAACCAGAUUGUGGAGAAGAACUUGCUAGACAAGACGGAAGAACCUAAUUUGCAGGAACAGGAAACUGGUAUUGCACAAAAAAAUCCUAAAAAAUCUGAUGAAGGUGAUCAGAAUUUCUUGACCAUAAGAGAGCCUAUGAUCCAAGAAGACAAUGUGAAUAGAACAGUCGAAAGCCAUGUGAAAACAGUGGACACAAUAUCCAAUGAAGAGCAAGGAACAUUUAAUUCACAGGUUCAGGCACGUGAUCUCGAUUUGGUUUCACCAAAAGAAGCUCAUGAGGCUGAAGAAAAUUUUGUGGAGAUGGCAAGGCCAACAUUCAGCACAGAUGAAGAACAAAGUCUAAAGAAAGCUGAAUCAAAUGAAGAGAAAACUUGUGACAAGAAGACACAGGAUGAAGAGGAAGCUAAGAAUUUCACCGAUGAUGUGACCCUGAAAACUGAAGAACAGGUAGCAGUACAAAAGGCGUCGCAUAACCAGAAACAUGAUCUCGAUGCGAUUUCACCAAAAGAAGCUCCUGCGACUGAAGAAAAUUUUGUGGACAUAAAAAAGGAAGAAUUCAGCACAGAUGAAGAGCAAAGUCCAAAGAAAGAUGGAUCAAAUAUGGCAGAAGAGAAGAGUUAUGACGAGAGGACAAAGAGUGAUGAGGAAGCCAAGAAUUUCACUGAUGAAGGAGCAAUGAAAGUUGAAGAACGAGAAGCAGGACAGAAGGCAUCACCUAAAAAACAUAAUAUCUUGUCUGGUGUUGGAUCAAAGGUAAAGCACCAACUAGCAAAAGUGAAGAAAGCUAUCAUAGGCAAGCCUGGGCAUACAAAAUCUGAAUCACCAAAAUCCUAAAACUGCAUUCACCUUAGAGCAUGUAUAUUUUUAUUGCCAUUUGUAAUUUGUAAGCUAUUUAUUUGAGUUGUAGAAUGCCGUGAUGAAACUUCAAGGUUUCUCUAUGGCCACCACAUUGUGUUGUGAUAUUGAAGAUGAUUGUAAAUAUAGAUAGUGUGUAAAUCAAAAUUUGGUGAUUGUUUGAUGAACUUUGAGUUUGAGGUAUAACUGGGUAUAAUAUGAGAAUGUCAGACUGUUUGCUUCUUCUUCA